AGAUCAUGGUUGGUCACCGUCACCUUGCAGUCUGCACGAUACUGCUUCUCUGUUUCCCCGUAGACGGAUUUCUUCUUCAAAGAGGUUUUACCUCUACUUCCCCCCAUUCUUUGAUCGGUCAGAAACUCAAUCUUCAUUCGAGCAAGCCUCCUCGUCUUUCCACCUGCAUGAUGAAAGCUGAGCCUCCCCAGCUGUUUCGGGCUGACAGUCAAGACAGUGAGAAACUAGAGAAAGCGUUGGAGAACUGCGGCAUGUGGAGCAGUGUGCCGCAACAGACAACAAUGUACUUGGACUCGCCAGAAACGUUCCAGCUCAUGAAGGGAAGGGUUGCAAUCAUCCCCGUCACCAUCAAUGGAGUACCGACAGGUGAAGCAGUGGAGUAUCAGGAAGGAGACUAUGGCAUCGUCCCUGCUGGAUCCUACCGAUGGGACAUUCAGAAGCCUUCGACAAAGAGAACGAACUGCAGAGAGGGGCUGCAAAUGACGGCAAAGGGCUGGGGUGAGGAGCCUCCUCUGAGCUACAUGCGCGGGUCUGGAACACUCAGCACAAAAGGGCGGACAAGCGAAGAUGACCUGAAGUAUCUCAAGGAUCUGGUUGCCGAGAAAGGAAACAUCCCUCGUCGUGCUUACGAGGAAGCGAUCCAGAGCAAGUUGGAUCGGGACCCGUACUGUGCGAACCUUGCGUUCAUGGUGACAGAGCAGGGAAUCAUCGUGCAGGAUCGUGUCAAGGGCACAAUCCUCGAAGUGUUAACGGAGGAGGGAUGGCAACCUUACGAUCCUAACAAGAAAUAUAUCGAGACAGAGGGGAGCAAAAGAUGGCGCAAGGACGGAACUUUCAUGAAGAAUCCUCUCUUCGCCCAAGAAGAUUGAAAUGGGAGGCAAGCCAAAGGGGUGCAUACGACACGAAGGGCAACGAAUUAGAUCAGAAUUGCCAUAUGCUCAAUUCCUAUCUUACAAUUCCUUGCAAACUU